AACCCCGCGGCGGCGGCGGCGGCGGCGGUCGGAGAGCACCACACCCCUCAGCGCGGGCCUUCCUCCGUCCCUCGCCCGUCCUUCAUCGCCGCUGCCUUCCGGAUGCGCGGUGCUCUGGACCAGCCUCACCUCCAGCUCUUGACAGCUCGGCUAACUUCUAUUCAUCCUUCAAAACCCAUCUCUGGUCGUAUCUUCUUUGUUGCCUUCCUCGGUCUGUAGCCUCCGGCGCAGGAUCCGUGUUCUGUGUUUAAUCGCUGUACACACCAGACCCAACAUAAGGCUUGGCACAGAGUAGGUCUGCCUCGGCCACCCUAGAGGAAACUGCAGCCCCGAGCUCGCCGCCACCUGUACUGUCCUGUUUUACUUUUCUCCUUAGGAUUUCGUACUACGUCACACCCUGUAUUUCACCUGAUUAUGGUCUGUCUCUCCCGCCGGCAUGUGAGCAUGGUAGUUUGUCCUCCAACGAUAGCAAGAAACUGUGUCUUCAAUGGCCUCAUUGGUGGCUUAUGAUGACUCAGAGUCAGAGGCUGAGACUGAACCUGCGGAAAGUUUUAAUGCUGCCGGCCAGGUGAAGGACACCUCUGAUGUGGUCAAACCUCGUGGGCAGGAUUUUGCAUCAGAAGCCCCAGGUGUGACAGAAGGGGCAGCACUGCCCACAAAGCACGGUUCUCAUGAAGACCCAGCUGGCCAUCGUCUCCCCCUGGUUCGGCUCUGGAGAAGUGACCCAGGAUCUUGCCCCAGCCAGAGGCUACAGUGGCCCAGAGCAGAGCCUGAAGCCACCUUCCCCACAGGCAAGCCUCCUCGACCUUCCCUGUGGACCAGCCACGUUCCAGCUGGCCAUGUGCCCCUGGCAGCUGCCCGCUUUAAGCAGGUGAGACUCUCCUGGGGAACUUACGACUCCUCCAAGCCAUCGUCCUGUGCCCAAACCAAAUCUGAAACCCCAGGUAAAAAUGGCAACUCUCUUCAGAGGAAAAGGUGUGAGGACUGUGUCGUGCCCUACACCCCCAAAAGAUUAAGACAGUCGCAGGCAUUAAGCACAGAAACAGGCGAGAGUAAAGAUACGGAGGCACAGGGUCCCUCUGUGGGGCGUGCCCCGGCCCCUCUCUGUGUGGCCCCCAGAGUGUCCGAGUUUAUUGAGCCAUACUUGGACAGUCCGUAUCGAGAAACCACGAUUCCCAGGAAAGUGCUUUUCCACCUGAGAAGCCACAGGGGCCCCGUCAACAGCAUUCAGUGGUGUCCAGUCUUCGCCAAGAGUCACAUGCUUCUCUCAGCUUCCAUGGAUAAAACCUUCAAGGUGUGGAAUGCUGUGGACUCAGGCCGCUGCCUGCAGACCUACUGCCUGCACAGUGAGGCAGUGCGGGCCGCCCGGUGGUCCCCCUGUGGCCGGCGCAUCCUCAGCGGGGGCUUCGACUUCGCCCUACACCUCACGGACCUUGAAACAGGAACCCAGCUCUUCAGCGGUCAGAGUGACUUUAGAAUCACUACUUUGAAAUUUCACCCGAAAGACCACAGCCUUUUUGUGUGUGGAGGCUUCAACCCCGAAGUCAAAGCUUGGGAUAUAAGGACCGGCAAGAUGUUCAGUGCUAAAGGAGUCCCCCCUUGUCCACAGGGGGUACGUUCCAAGACCCCCAGCAGAUGCCUGAAACCACAGGUGGUGAGAAGCUACAAGGCAACCAUCCAGCAGACCUUGGACAUCCUCUUCCUCCAGGAAGGCUCUGAGUUUCUGAGCAGCACGGACGCUUCGAGCCGGGACUCUGCUGACCGCACCAUUAUUGCCUGGGAUUUCCGGAGCUCUGCCAAAAUCUCCAACCAGAUUUUCCACGAGAGAUACACCUGCCCCAGCCUCGCCUCGCAUCCGCGGGAGCCCGUGUUCCUGGCACAGACCAACGGCAACUACCUGGCCCUCUUUUCCGCCGUGUGGCCCUACCGGAUGAGCAGAAGGCGGCGCUACGAAGGACACAAGGUAGAAGGCUACUCAGUGGGCUGCGAGUGCUCCCCAGACGGUGACCUGCUGGUGACGGGCAGCGCCGACGGCCGAGUCCUGCUGUACAGCUUCCGUACUGCCAGCCGGGCGCGCACGCUGCAAGGGCACGCGCAGGCCUGCGUUGGUACCACCUUCCACCCUGUGCUGCCCUCUGUCCUCGCCACCUGCUCCUGGGAGGGCGACAUUAAGAUCUGGCACUGAGCCUCCUGGAGCAGAGCCUUCCGGAUACCGGCCAGGCCCCAGGCUCCCAUUCGUCCCCCAGGGGUGGGGGUGGUGUGAGUAACCAGUGAGGUCGCCUCUGUGAUCGGAGCUGGGUAGAAGGGGCCUCCACCCACCCCCCCCCCCGCCAAGCCUCAGUUUCCUCAUCUGUAAAAUGGGGACAGAGAUCUGUUUGCCUCAGGGUUGUGAGAACUGCAUUAGGUGAAAGCACCUGGUGGGUGGCUGCUGAUGCUCAAUAAACAUGAGUGUUUUGCUGUUUCUUAGG